GGAGAAAGUGUCUAGGAAUGCUUCAGCUUGAUUGAGGUGCACCUGCAAACCACCCCAUCUACACAGUGAACGAAGCUCAGACUGUCGUUCCACUGUCUUCUAUUCCUACCCUACAGAUAUUUUAGAAGGCGUCGCACGGUGCGCCGAGCUCUAUCGAAGUGCACCUGCCCUGGCAGCUGCCCUUUCAAGCUCGCUCAUUCCCAUGGCCCAGAACAACAUGAACAACCUGACCACUCUUAUAAAACGGCUCGAAGCCGCCACGUCUAGACUGGAGGACAUUGCCUCGACAUCGGUCGGGUUCGACGUCACCGGCGCCAAUGGAGCUCCCGGGGCCAGCGGUGGCUCGUCGAUUGCCCCCAUAUCCUCUGAGGCGUCCACAACCCCGAAAGCUGUCGAAACGCUCCCGCCCUCCAUCCAAGCAUUCGACACCCUUCUAAGUACCGAGCUGAAGGCAUGGCUAGACCUCAGCAGCAAGCUGGGGAGCGUCAUUGAGGGCCAGGCCAAGGCCGUGCAGCAGGCCUUUACAGCGCAGCGACAGUUCCUCCUCGUUUCGACCAAAGCGAAGAAGCCCGACAUCUCCACCUGCAUGGAGAUUCUCAAAGACCUCCAGGCCGCCAUGGAGAAGGUCGAUGAGAUCCGGCAGGGCAACAAGGAACGUGCCCUGAGAGAUCCGCUGACUAUGGUAGCGGACGGUGUGGGAGCCCUGGGAUGGGUCACGGUAGAGAGCAGCCCCAAGCCCCACGAAUACAUCUCCGAGCUGUUUGGUGGUGCCCAGAUAUUCGGGAACAAAGUACUGAAAGAGUACAAGGCCAAGCCUGACAAGACCAAUGUUGAUUGGGUGAACGCCUACUACAGGCUCUUUAAGGCUCUCUCAGAAUACACGAAGAAGUUCCACCUCGCUGCGGUAGCUUGGAACAAAGAUGGGAUCGAUGCGAAGGAGGCCGCGAAACAGGUCAAGGACUCUGCUUCAUCUAUCCCCUCGAUAAAUGGUCCCGUAGCUCCCGCGCCGUCGGUGGGAGUUCCCCCGCCACCUCCGCCUCCACCACCUCCAGGCCCGCCGCCACCACCAGGGAUGCCUCCAGCGCCCAAGAAGGCUGCCCCAGACAUGGGCGCUGUAUUCAGCGAUUUGAACAAGGGCGAGGCCGUGACAAAGGGGCUGAAGAAGGUGGAUCCCAGCCAGAUGACCCACAAGAACCCCUCAUUGCGAGCAAGUGCCCCUGUACCAACGCGGAGUGACAGUUCAGGUUCAUUGCGGAGCAAGAGUCCUGCACCUCCAGGGAAGAAGCCCAAACCAGAGAGCAUGCGGACAAAGAAACCCCCGAAGAAGGAGCUAGAUGGAAAUAAGUGGAUAAUAGACAAUUUCGACAAUCCCGGCGACAUGCUUGAAAUCGACGCCGAAAUCCAACACUCAAUCCUCAUCUCCCGCUGCAAAAACACCACGAUCCGCGUCAAUGGCAAAGCCAACGCCAUUUCUCUCGAUAACUCGUCCCGUGCCUCCCUCAUCAUCGAUUCCCUCGUCUCCUCAGUCGACGUCAUCAAAUGCCCAAACUUCGCCCUGCAGGUGCUGGGCACUCUGCCUACGGUGCUGUUGGAUCAGGUUGAUGGCGCGACUAUCUAUCUGAGCAAGGAUAGCCAAGGGACAGAGAUUUUCACAAGUAAAUGCUCGAGUGUUAAUAUAAAUCUGCCGACUGAGGAGGAUUAUGCGGAGAACCCGGUGCCCGGGCAGAUUCGGAGUUUUAUUAAGAAUGGGCAGUUGGUCAGUGAGAUUGUGGAGCAUGCGGGUUAGGAGUCUGGACUGGUAUAUACUACCAGUCAGGAAAAGAAGGAAAUGAAGUCAGCUAGCCUUGCCGUUGGUUAUGGAACUUCUAGGUAGGAGCGUUUUGGUGCGAUGCGAUGCGGUGCGGUGCGGUAAAGUACGGUGCAGUACGGUGCGGUGCAUUGGGUGGAGUCUGCCUGCAAAUAUAUUGUAUUGUCUUUGUGUGGACAUUGAAGUUGAUUGUUGACGGAGACUGAGUUCGUAGUAGAAUA